AUGUUGUUGACGGUAAAGUUGAGUUUACUAUUGGCUGGCUUGUAUAUUGUUCAUGGCAUUGAAACGGUAAGUUAUUAUGAAUCUAGGGUAGAGGAUGUUAGUGUGAUUUUAGUUUUAUACCACAAAAAAUGUUAUAGAAUACUCACCCACCAGGACCAAAUCAUUACGAAGAUGAUAAUCCAAAUGAGCCUCAAGGCAGAUUCGGCCGAAAUAACGAGUUUGGUGGUAUGCCAGGGUCAAAGCCACCUUGUAAGCCUAAAAUGCAGUCAGAUGGUAGUAGUUGGUCUACGAGUUGGAGUAGUGACGGUGAGGUCGAUACUCAUAUUAUGUAAAAUAUGAUAGUUGAACUCUUAUUAAUUUGUUCACAUAAUUCUCUGUGCCUUAAGAAGUAAAAAGCAAAUUUUUGGGGUUAGAGGCACAGAAUUAUUUGAACAACCUAAUAGUUUAUCUUUACAACCAUUUUUUAAAUUAUUUAAGAUUGUGACCAGCCUGAAGGUCCAACACCUCCCUCAACACCUAUAUCAACACCUCCCUCGACACCUCCUACGUCUUUCUCAGCUCCUCUUUCUACACCACCUUCUACAACCUUGACUGCUUCUGAAAAUGACCAUCCACAACAUCAUCACCACCAUCAUCAUGAUCAUCAUCAUCACUUUGAUGAAAACCAAAACAAUGAUAAUGUAUGGCGUGGUUAUGGUUAUCGCCACAAUUUUGAGCCAAUGCCACAGUAUAUGUCACGUCGAGUUCCUAGUCUUAUGCCUCAACCAAUACCAGAUGCUACACCAUUCAUGAGGCCAUUAUCUAGGCCAUACCACAAGCCUAUGUUAGAGCCUCUCCCUGAGCCCAGAGGUGAACCAGUUUUAGAGCCGCUCCCUGAGCCCAGAGGUGAACCAGUACCUGAACCCAUGCCAGAACCAGAGCCCAAGCACCGGUUUGAUCUGGGUAAAAUACGAAGGGAACAAAUUGAGCCUUUGUGGGGUCAGUUAUCAGUAGCUUCGAGAAACUUCUUGGCUCCAGAUUCUGUGAAUGGAGCAAUUCCUGCUCAUUGCAUCAAAAGAAUAGUACGAUACUGUUCGAGGAAUCCAGAGAGCCUCAGAUGCCGGUUAGUUUAAGCUUUGAAUAGUUGUCGUAUAACUUGUCUUUUGCAGGCUGCAGGGUUCGAAAUUUUGUUGUUUGGAGAAAAAUGUAGAAACUUUCUUUACAAGAUAAAAAAUGGCAAGAACUGUCUUUACAAAACAUAAAAUGGCAAUAACUUUCUUUACAAAGCAUAAAAUGGCAAGAACUUUCUUUACAAAACACAGAAUGGCAAGAACUUUCUUUACAAAACACAGAAUGGCAAGAACUUUUUUUACAAAACAUAAAAUGGCAAGAACUUUCUUUACAAAACAUCAAAUGGCAAGAAUUUUCUUUACAAAACGUAAAACGGAAAGAACUUUACUUUACUUUAUAGAAACCACCCAGAAUGGAUAUCAGAAGACAUUGUUCCAUCCCCACCAUCUCAUGGUGACGUAUGUAUUGAAGACGAAGAUGAAGUGUUUUCUCUCUACAACUUUACAGCAGCUGUUCCACCUAAAUUUCCACCUAAAUUUCCACCAAAGAACGUCUUAGCCAACGUUCCAGAAGACUUACGUACUGAAGUCAAUGACAAUCCAGUGUAUCAUCUAUCUUCAUCUGAACGGUCAAGUAUGUCUUCAUCAUGUUCAUACGGUAAUUGUUUAAAGCAACCAAAGAGUGCACUGUUUGAUCGUGCUGACAUUGCUGAACAUCAUGCUACCGUGACUCGGUUCUUGACUGAUGGGGCUGGGAAACAGAUUGAUAAGGAUGUGGAGACUCAGUUCUUGAGGACUUAUCAGUUGAAGAAGGCCAUAUUGGCCAAGUUGGGGUUGGAAGGGAAGGUUGAAGCGGCCAAUGACGGUAUCUUCCAAGGUGACAUACUAUUGAGUAUUGAUCAGGCUGACAUUUUGAUCAAUGCUGUUCAGAAUGGAGUUGAUGUGGCUUCUUAUUUGCCUUCUGGUCAGGGCUCUGGCUAUACUAAGCCUGUGGGGUAUCAAGGAGGUACAGCUUCUAAGCCGCAAGGAUACCAAAGCUCUACCUACUCCAAACCACAACGUUCAACUACUCAUACAUAUCAAAAAACAAUGGCAGAAGAUGAUCAAGAAGACAGAAGACCUCCAAUGGUGGAAGAAAUGUCAUCGCUUAAUCAUCCCUACGCUCAUCAAUCAACAGGCUAUGGUUAUCAUCGUGUCAAACGAGGUGAUACAGCCUUUACAGAUACCGGUCGAUUAUUGCUAAAAGGCAAAUACAGUACAUUAAGCCGCAGGUUUUCCGUUGGUAAAAGUAAUGGCGAUCUUGUAGCUCCUCGUUACAGUAGAUCUACUGGUAACACUAGACCUAGUCUUAGUCCAGCUACAGAAAAUAGAUCAGAAGCUACAGAAGCUCAUCGUGACGAAGAAGAUAAGAUGAGAGUCAAAAGAACGGCCAAUAGCACAUUAGAUGUUCAUCGUGCCAAACGUUCUGGAAUUUUCUUUGAAGAACAGUUUAUACGCCAAUGGUCCAGCACUUAUAUACCGUAUUAUGUUGAUCCUCAGAUGACGCCGGAACAAGAAGCUGUGGUUGAUAGUGCUGUCAACGCGAUUCAAGAAGCUACAUGUUUGAACUUUGUGAAACAGACACAGAAACCAAGUGGAAAUUUCAUUUUUUACUCCGUUUAUGCUUCUCCGGCUUUGUAAGUUUUAUAACACUUUUAGUUUAUGAAAGGCUUAGGCUUAAUCUUAGUCUUAGUAGCUUUAAGCUAAGUAGGCUUAGACUUAUUAAACUUAUGAUUAAUAACCUCAGGCUUAAGAAGCCUAGUUUUUUUAAAGUUAAAACAGAUAAGGUCUGAUCUCUCGUGGUAAUAUAGAGUAAGAUCCCAGCACUCGCAGUCAUUUGUUGGGUCGUUUUACAUCCAGGCAAUUAUUAUGUAAAUGGUUAAUAUUACAUAAGAAAAAGUUGCGACAUCAGGUUUCUUGCAAUUUCUCUAAGGCUACCUUUUGAUGUCAUUAUAUUAUGCAAAACCGCAAAGUAUUUUUUCGUUUAUGUAUUUUUUGAACACCUACAGAUCUUUCAGUGACUAUAACAUAGGUUAAAUAGGUUCUAAAAAUGUUACAAGAAAUCCUCCUCCCCCCUCCAGAAAAAAAAUUUCGAAAAAAGUUGAACGUGGCCCCCUUCCCCCUGUGGAUUUUUUCGACCCGUGCCCUUAGACCAAAAGUCCCCGCCAGCCCCUGGUUACAAUGUUUAAUCUUCUUUGUAUACUAAUCAUAAAUUUUAUGUUAAGAUUUCAGUUUAGGCCUUGAAGUUGAAGCUUAGAAUUAGCAAGUUUAGUCGUGGUAACUUAGGCUUAAUAACUAAGGCUUAGUACGCACAGGCUUAGUAGGCUCAAGCUUAGUAAUCUUCUACUUAGGAUGCGUUGGUACUUUAGUGUUGUAAGCUUAUGGUUAGUAGGUUGAGCUUAUGGUUAGUAGGAUCAAAGUUUGUACACUUAGGGUUAGUAAGCUUGAGCUUAAGUUUAAUAGUCUUAGACUUAGUGUGCUCAUUCUUCAAGGCUUAGACUUACUUUGAGUACGCUAUACGUAUAUAUAUGUUAUGAAUUUAUGAUUCUUUUCAGCUGUGGCAUCAGCAACAUUGGAAUGCAAAAAAGUGGAAAUAACGUUGUUUAUCUGUCAUUUUUAUGUCAAAAUGUAAGUUUUUAGGUACUAAAUAGUACAUUUCUUAUACGAAACAUUAUAAUUUUUCAAAAUUCAAAUUCUUAGCGAAAGAAAUCUUUUGUAAUAUAAAAAAUACAUGUUAAACUCAAAUUUUAUAGCAAGACAGCAAAGGAAUAGCGAUUCACGAAACUCUUCAUUCAAUUGGUGUUGCUCAUGAACACGUUCGUACUGACAGAGACGAUCAUAUCCGAAUAAAUUGGGAGAAUAUCGACCCAAACAACUAUGCCUUCUUUGCUUUGAACGAUGCUAAGAUGUUUACCAGGUCAGUAACUGUUAUUUUUAUAAGUUACUUAGGCAGUAUUUGGUAAAAGUACCGUAUUUUACAAACUACAGCGGUUUUACACAGUAAAUUUUUAUUUUUUCAGCUACGGUGUCCCAUAUGCAUAUGAUUCGAUAAUGCAUUACAAGAACAAUGUGGCAGCGAAAGCUACAGCUUCUGGGCCAAGUAUGUCGGCUACAAAUGGCAAUGGCUAUGAGAUGGGUCAACGGACUCAUUUGAGUCAAAAUGACAUCAUGCUGAUUAACAAAAUGUAUUGUAAAGCUGAGUGUAAGUACUUUUUUACUUUAUAUUAGCAUUGGACUUAGCUCUAGCCCAGAGACCUAGCCCAGAGCCCUAGCCUAGAGCCCUACCCAGAGCCCUAGCCCAGAGCGUUAACCCAGAGCCCUAGCCCAGAGCCCUAGUCCAGAAUCUUAACCCAGAGCCCUAGCCCUAAAUGUUCAUAGUCUUUGCCCUAGGUAGAAUUGCGACCGAGACGAGCAUACUUUUCAGGCCCGGUUUGAUCUGAGCUUUGCUCAGACCCAGCCCGACCUAAGUUUUGGUUAAGACCGGGCCGGCUCGGUCCCCAUGGAUAGCUCUAACCCAUAUUUUUCAAAAAAUGCUUGUUUAUAACAUUUCUUGCCUUGUGCAAAAAAUCCAAUAAAUGUUGUGGCACUUUGCAAAAAAAAACCAAUAUUUUUUGUGACAUUUCGUUACAUUUUGCAAAAAGUCAAAAAUUUAAUCGGAAAUCAUAAAAAAAUUGUAUUUUACUUAGUUUAAUUUUUUUUAAAUUUUAAUUUUUUAAAAAAUAAUAAUUUUAAUCUUAAAAUAAUAAAAUUUUGGGUUUUUAGACUGUACGGACCGCUUGGUUUACUGUGGUGUUUGGGCGAACAGAGGAAAGUGCCAGACCUCGACGUGGAUGCAACAAAAUUGCCGAAAAUCUUGUGAUCUUUGCUAA